AUGAUAGUCAUAAAUAAAAGUCAUCCAGAAGAAUUCAUUUUGCUUGGCUUUGCAGACCGUCCUUGGCUGGAACUUCCUCUCUUCAUCAUUCUUCUGGUAACAUAUCCACUGGCCAUGUUGGGAAACAUUGCCAUCAUUCUGGUGUCCAUAUUAGACCCCCAUCUCCACAGCCCCAUGUAUUUCUUCCUCACCAACCUCUCCUUUCUGGACAUGUGCUACACCACAAGCAUUGUGCCUCAGAUGCUAACCAACCUUGGAGGAUCAACAAAGACCAUCAGCUACAUGAGGUGUGUAGUUCAGCUUUAUUUCUUCCACACAAUGGGGGGCACAGAAUGUGUCCUCCUGGCUCUUAUGUCCUUUGACCGCUAUGUUGCCAUCUGCAAACCUCUGCACUACACCCUUAUCAUGAAUCAGCGUACCUGCCUCCUGUUAGUGUCUACUGUGUGGCUAACAGGGAUUACCUAUGCUGUCUCAGAGGCCACUGUGACACUGCAAUUGCCACUGUGUGGCCACAAUAAACUGGAUCACUUGGUGUGUGAGAUUCCAGUUCUGAUAAAAACUGCCUGUGGUGAAAAAGAGACUAAUGAGCUUGCUCUCUCUGUGGUAUGCGUAUUUAUCUUAGCUGUUCCCCUGUGCUUAAUUCUUGCCUCCUAUGCUAGUAUUGGACAUUCUGUUCUGAAAAUCAAAUCUUCAGAGGGAAGGAAAAAGGCCUUUGGAACAUGCUCCUCUCAUCUCAUAGUAGUUCUCUUAUUCUACGGCCCAGCCAUUAGCAUGUAUCUUCAGCCGCCCUCCUCUAUUACAAAAGACCAACCCAAAUUCAUGGCUCUUUUCUAUGGAGUAGUGACUCCUACUCUGAACCCCUUCAUCUAUACCCUGAGGAAUAAAGAUGUAAAGGGAGCUUUAAGUAAGCUAUCCAGUUACAUUUUUAGUCCAAAGAGAAAUUUUGCAGACAUCAAACAAAAUAUCUGA